GACCGACGGGGCCUCGCCCAACCAAACUCCCAAGGGCCGACUCGGCCCAGGGCCGAGUCGGGAGCCAUGGCGCGCCCACACACCAUGGGCUCCCGUAGUCGGACGCAUGCGGGAGGCCUUUCGCUGGCUCCGGUGUCGCCCUCCCGUGUGACGCUGCAGCAGGCCGCGCAGCGCAUGAUCCCCACCCCCGUCAUGGUGAUCUACGGGCCCAAGCCGGCCACCGCUCCCAAGCUGGGCAGUUGGCGUUCAGCCACGAGCCUCAGCCGCGCAAAUUUGCUAGGGAAGGCGGAGUUUUUCGUCCAGGAGGCGCCUCUGAAGGAGCCGCUUCCGAAGGCCGAGGCCGCGGCGCAGGUGGAGCAGGCGCUCGCGGCCAAGGACGUAAGCCAACUGCAGAGCGCCAUCGACGAUGCCAAGCGCGCGGGGCUGCCCGGCUCCAAGCUGGUGAAGUGGGAAUUCGAGCUGCAGAAGAUGUACGCGCAGCAAGCCGUCGAGGACGCCCAAGCUGCCCGGGACGUGCAGCGGCUCCGGUCCGCGGUGAUGCGAGCCUCACGGCUGGGCAUCGACACGGACACCCUGGAGAGCGCCAAGAAGUGCCUGCAGGUGUUGACCACCGAGGAGAUGUUGCGCAUCGCCAUGCGCAACAACGUGACGGGGCAUUUGCAGAAGUGCAUUGAUAUGGCUGUCUCCAGACGUGGCGAUAGCCAGCUGAUUGAGGAGGCUCGAGCCUUGCUGGACAAGUCCACUGCAGAGCGUGCGCUCUUCUCAGCCAUGAACACCCGCGAGGUCGCUAAGCUGGAUGCUGCUAUCAAAGACGCUACCGCUGCUCAUGUGGCACCUGACCCUGUAGAGGAAGCGAAGUGGAUUCUGGAGAUUGAGCGCGAACGGGCCAAGGAGAGGGAGACGAGCAAGGAGAAGCCGCCCAAGGAUGAGAUCGAAGAGAGGCUCCGGACCGCCAUCAAUCUCCAGGAGACCGGGGCGUUGCUGAAGGCCGUCAAACUGGCGAAGCGUAAUGACGACGCGGUGCGCUCGAUGCCGGAGUACUCUGAGGGCCGAUGUCUUCAUGAGGAGUCCAUCCGCGAGGCAGAGCAGCUCGUCGCCUUGCUGGAGGUGGACAUGCAGCUUCCGCGGGCCAUCCGAAGCAAAGACCAGCAGAAGCUGAAGGCCGUGCUGACGAAGGCAUCCAGCUGGUCCAUCGCAAACGAGGACGUCACGGAAGGCCAGCGGCUCUUGUCGCAGAUCGAGACCGAGGCCAAGCUCCGCCGCGCCGUGACGCUGCGCAGUGAAGAGCAGCUUGCAGAGGCACUAGAAGAGGCGAUCCAAUGUGGCGUGGAACGCGUGAGGCUGCAGAAGGCGGAGGCGGCCUUGGCGCAGAUCCGGGCGGCGCAGGCGCUGCAGAAGGCCAUGGAGGGCAAGGACGUGGAUGCCCUGGAGGAAGCCAUCCAGCGGGCCAAGGAGGCGGGUGUGCCACGGAGCGAGGUGAGCAAGGCAGAAGCUCUGGUGAAGAACCUCUCGCGGGCGCCCAGCACCACGGCAAGCCGCCUUCCCAGCAAAACGGCGACCUGAGGCCUCAGCUCCGAACCCGGCGCUGACGUGUAUCAUGAGCCGACGUUUUACCGGCCGUUAACGAUCAUGGGAGGCGAA